UCCCCUCCUCUCUCCUCUGCCAAGAAACCUCUGUCACCUGCUCACAGACAACUGGGGCGAGUGGCACGGGGACGAAAGGGCAGCGGGGAGGUGAAGGCAGCGGGACCCCAGGUCGGGGCUCCAGGUGGUCUCUGUCCUCCAUCCCUGGGGGCACGAAGUGAAGCAGAGGAGCCGGGGCUGCCGGAGAAUGGCAGCAGGAUUGCGCUAGGAGGGCACGGCUAUCGGGGACAGGAGCGAGAGGAGCCGAGGGGACCAUUGGGGACACGAGGGGCUGCUCAGCAUCGCUGCCCAUCCUGUGAAGCAACAUGAGUCUCAAGGGAUCCCUCAGCAGCAGCCCUGGCUCAACAAAUGGCAGCAUGGGCAAAGCAGACGGAGCCUCCAAGCUGAGCGCAAAGGACCUGUAUGAACAAAGGAAAAAAUACUCCAAUUCCAAUAUCAUUAUGCAUGAGACUUCCCAGUACCACGUACAGCACUUGGCCACCUUCAUCAUGGACAAGAGUGAGUCCAUCGUGACGGUGGAUGACGCCAUCCGAAAACUGCUGCUGCUCAACUCCAAGGAGAAAAUCUGGACACAGGAAAUGCUGCUGCAAGUGAACGACAAGUCCAUCCGCCUGCUGGACUGCGAGUCACAGGAGGAGCUGGAGGACUUCCCACUGCCCACUGUCCAGCACUGCCAGACGGUGCUCAACCAGAUGCGCUAUUCCUCCAUCCUCCUCCUGGUGUGCCAGGACUCAGAGCAGCACAAACCUGACAUCCACUUCUUCAACUGCGAUGAGGUGGAGGCGGAGAUGGUUCACGAAGACAUAGAAAGUGCCCUGGCAGACCACAAGCAUGGGAAGAAAAUACGACCACAGACGCUCAAGGCAAACCAAGAGAAGAUCAAGCAGAGACAGUCUAUCCUCCCGCCACCACAAGGGCCAGCCCCCAUCCCUUUCCAGCACGACAUGCGAGGCCAAGGCAUGAACAGGAACCGGGUGGCACCGCCUGCCCAGUAUGAACCAGACUAUGAACGCCGAGGCUCUGCCUCCCAGGACCACGAAGAGUCCCGAGCCAUCUUAGCACAGAAGAUUGAAAAAGAAACGCAAAUCCUGAACUGCACCCUGGAUGACAUUGAAGUCUUUGUUGCCAGGCUUCAGAAGGCUGCAGAGGCAUUCAAACAGCUCAACCAAAGGAAGAAAGGGAAGAAGAACAAGAAGAAAGGCCCAGCAGAGGGAAUGCUGACACUUCGAGCAAGACCCCCAAGUGAGGCUGAGUUCAUCGACUGCUUCCAGAAAACCAAACUGGCUUUUAACCUCUUGGCCAAACUGAGAAAGCACAUUCAGAACCCGAGCGCUUCAGAGUUGGUGCAUUUCCUAUUUGGGCCACUGGAACUGAUCGUCAAUAGCUGCGGUGGCCCUGAGCUUGCCAGGUCUGUCAUCAGCCCACUUCUUUCUAAAGAUGCCACAGACUUCCUCAGAGGACACCUGACACCAAAAGAGAUAAGCCUCUGGGACUCCCUGGGAGAGGCAUGGACCAGAUCCAGGGCUGAAUGGCCCCGAGAAGCAAACAUUCCCACCUACAUCCCCAAAUUCCGCAAUGGUUGGGAACCACCCAUAGAAAUCUUCCGCGGAGCUCCCUGGGAAAUAGACAUUGGGCACUUGCAAGAAGAGGUGAGUUUUGUGCUCCGGACCAUCCCCUCUUCCUUUCACCAUUGCCCUCCUUUCCCUCUGUUGCAGCUUCCCCCUUUCCUGGCACCACUGACUCCAUUUUCCCCCUUCCAGCUAUCAUCAGCCAAUGGAUAUCCUUAUCGCAACUCCUCUCUCAAGCGUGGCCAGACGGCUGAUCAGACACAAGCAGUGGAUGCCUUUAAGCAGAACGUAACUCAGCAUGUAAAUAGGAACUUUGAGGCGCAGGGAAUGGCCCAGCCGAAGAGAUAUGCCAAAAUCCGCUAUGAUUUCACAGCACGAAAUGCCAAUGAACUCUCAGUGCUGAAGGAUGAGAUUCUGGAGGUGCUGGAAGACAACAAGCAGUGGUGGAAGUUGCUCAACAGGAGCGGGCAGGCGGGUUACGUCCCUUACAACAUCCUGGAUGUAGUGAAACUGGAGGAGCUCGAACAGGCUAACCAGAGGUACAAAGGAGACCCGAGUCCCAGAGGAUACGGGCCAUCCAGCCCAACUCACAAGCUGCCUGCCAGCUACGCUGGGGAUAAAUGGGGUAGUGAAAUGUUGUCACGCAACUCUCCCCAGGAUGCCAAAGAACAACUCCUGCAUCAGAUGGAUGAGGUAAAUGAUGAGCUGCUAAAAAAGAUCACCAACAGUAAAAUCCAGCCUCCUCAGAGGAACUUCAGAGUGGAGAAACCUCAGGAAGUUUAUGUGCCCCUCACCUUCGAAUCCAGUGCUGAAGAAGUCAAAGCGUGGCUGGAGGCAAAGUCAUUCAGCAAAGGGACGGUGGACCACCUCGGCAUCCUCACUGGAGCUCAGCUCUUCUCCCUGAACAGAGAGGAGCUGAAGAAAGUGUGUGGUGAUGAGGGGAACCGAGUGUACAGUAAAAUCACAGUGGAAAAAAACCAGCUGGAGAAAAACAGAGGGGAGACGGAGCUCCAAGAAAUCAUGAAGCGUCGCCAGGAGAGGAUUGAUUCUGCUAAUUAAAACCUAUUCGCUUUCUUUCAGCUAUUAGUCAUAGUAGUGCAGAAAAAAAAGGGAAUUAAAGCAAUGAUCCCCAGUCUAGACAAGAGACAGCAGUGCUCCACAGUUAGCAGUGUCAUUGCCAUCAAAGGGACAAGUCCUCAAACGCUGUUGAUAAGGAUAGACACUAAGACCAGAUCCCGCUGGGAAAGGUGUUUUAAUAUUGCAUGAAGUUUUAUACAUACAUAUAUAUAUAUAUAUAUAUGAUAUCUAUAUAUUUUAUACUGAAAUUGUAUGUGCAUGUGAUCAGAACAGAUGAGGGUUCAUGCGGGGAUGACAAUGGCUGGAUUCAAGAAGACAAACCAAACCAAUACAAGGCUUUUAAAGCAGGGUUGUCUGUGCUCACGGUCCCUUGGGAGAAGAGGGCACAGCACCCAGCACAGAACAAGCCAGCCUGAAUGCUUAGACGAGUCUGGGCCGCAGAAAUAGAUCCUUUCCCCCACCCCAUCCCCUGCAGCCCACUAGCAAAGGCUGGGUGUCAGCUCACUGCCCUUCUGUCCUCACCUGCCCCCCCCGGUUGGAUCAGGUUAGAAUUGCAACACGCCUUACCUAAGACUGGGCUGCUUCCUUAAAUACCCGUCCUGCGAGUGCUGCCUUCCAACAGUGGCAAUGGGCUUUGAAGAGAUUUGAAUCUGCAAAUAGGUGAGCUCAGCCUGAUCCUCAGCCCUUCACGUUGGUGCUGAUCCUGGGACAGAGGGAGAGGUUAGAGGUAUAAUCAACGGGAUUGGAAUGGAAGUGUUUGCAGCAGCUGGGAGCAUCUCUUUGACUGUAAGCCUCAUUGGGGGUCACUUGUAAACCUUCCCAUGCGACUGAGCUGUGCGUCUGCUCUGUUUGUACUGCCUGCAGGUGAUGCUAUCGUGCACUGUACAUUGAUGUAAUUGAACCGAGGAGAAAAUAAUAUAACCAUGCACUGUUAUAAGAUUUAUUAAAAUAGUUAAGUUAUACGUA